CCCGCAAAGUCUGCCUGCCUUCUCUUAACGUAUUUCCCUUCUCUCUCUGCUCACUCCUUCCAAUUUCUUUUCCCACAAAACAUUUUUUUCUUGGAAAGAUUCUUGAAACUAUUCUUGCAAUGGGUAAGAUCCGACCCAGAAUGGAUCCAAAAGCGGCAUUGGUCUCAGAGAUUUGUUCACUGUCGAGAUCACCAAUCUCUUGCAUUCACAUCAAUCACAACUCAUCCGCUUCAUGUUUCAUCGACUGGUAUCUCAUUCUCGGUAUCCAAGAAGAUGCAGAUAUCAAGCUCAUACGUAAACGAUACCACAAAUUAGCUCUGAAGAUUCAUCCCGAUAAAAACAACCACCCAAAAGCAGAUUCUGCUUUCAAGCUCAUCCACGAGGCUUAUUUAUGUCUUACAGACGAGACAAAGAGAAGAUGCUUCAACACAGACCGACGAAAGAACAUAUGUCUGAAAUGCAGCCGAGUCUCACAAAAGACCAAAGAGAACCGCACAGAUACUAAACCGAACCGUUUUUGUCAAACCCUCAGGGACAUAAGGGAUAAGUUCAGGGAAGAGAACAAGGUGAUAGAGAGAUGUAUAAAGACCAACGGUGCAAAUUUCACGGAGAACCUAACCGAGGAAACCCCGGUUUUUGGUAUACCGAAACAAAACCGGAUUAAGAAGGAGUUGCCGGUUUUUAAUCCAACGGAUUAUAAGUUAUGGGGUUAUCCACAUGUGAGGAAUCGGGUGUUGGAUAAUAACUUGUCGGAUUGGAAGAUGUUCAUGAGAAGCAGAUCCACAUGCGUUCACUCUUGAUGAUGAUUAAGUUCUUCAUUUCUUUUUUCUUUUACUUCUUCUAUUUGUCCUUUUAGCUGCUUUAUUGAAUUAUUUCAUGAUUCAAACAGUUAUAACUUUUGAUUACAGAUAAUCAUAUCAUUAGUUAACUCAUAGAAAAAAAUUUGUUAGUUGGGUUUAAUCUCGUAUAGUUUCACUAUGCAAGCGAUUCUUUAUAGGAAAUGUCAGAGUUCUUAUCCCAAAUAAACCACAUUGUUAAACCAAUUCUGGGAUUUUGAAGAGUAAAAAGUAAAAACGAUAUAGUAAGAAUUUUAGUUAAUAUAUUUUUUACAAUUUUGGAGGUCUAUUUUAUGUAUUUUUUCACAAGGACAAUAUAUUUUGCAUGGGAUCUUCUAGUUAUCAACUUUAUAUAAGACGCCUGACGUAU